AUGAUAUCACCAUUAAAAAUUUCUGGAUAUCUUUUGUUUCUGUCCACGGUGACGUGUUUAGUGGUUGUUUUAAAAUCUGAAGCAAAACAAUCGAAAACCAUCAAUGUACCCUACACUCUUUGGGUGUAUACACCAGUAAACUACUCCAAAACUAUAAAAGUAGCAGUUCCAUUCAACACAACAUUCUACGAUGUGAUGCUUCAAGCCCAACUUCAGGAUCCGGUGUAUAACUUUACGGCCACACCCUACGAUUGGGGAAUGUAUAUUGAUCAAAUUGCUGGGUACCAACAAAACAAUGAAAAGGAGAUCUAUUGGUGGAUAUAUGAUCUUGAUUGUAAACCAGAUAUGAAAAAUCCUCCAGACGUUAAUCAACUCAGCCCUGUUGGAGUGAGUGAAAUACGAGUGAAAAAAGGACGGCAUUAUCUGUUUUGGUACAGACAUAUCGAAAAUACACAUUAA